AGUUAUGGUGCUCGAGAAAACAACGGCACCACCGACGGGGAGCCCCACUGGUGCCGGUGUUGCCAUUGACUCUCGAGUUCUGGACAUCAUUGGAUCUUGGAUUGGUCAACCCCAACUUCCCUACAGUGCCUCCGUGCCCCUUACCAUCGAUCAGAACCAGAUGAUUGAUGUUGAUCGGAAAGUGAGUCAGGCAUUGACAAGAGAUGAGAACUUCAAUUUCAGGGCAGUGCAUUGGGCUGAUCUCCAUGGCCUCCUCUACCAUUCAUUGCCGCCAGACAUUUUCUUCUGGGGCCACCAUUUCCUCUCCUUCACCGUUUCUGAAGACAAAACGUCCGUUAAUGUCAAGGCUAAAGUACUUCAAACUGACGAAAUUUUCGAGGUGGAUGGAAAUUUGCUUGUUGCAGCAGAUGGGUCACUCUCUUCAAUCCGCCAUACUUUUCUCCCUGACCUUAAUUUGAGGUAUACAGGUUACUAUGCUUGGAGAGGGGUUCUUGAUUUUUCAGGAAAAGAGGAAUCCGAGGCCGGCAUUAGGAGAGCAUACCCUGACUUGGGAAAAUGCUUGUACAUCGACCUUGCUUCCAAAACUCACAGUGUGCAUUUUGAAAUUCCCAAAAACAGAGUCAAUUGGAUUUGGUAUAUCAAUCAACCCGAGCCUCAGCGCCAGAGAAAUUCGCUGACUAUGAGAGCAAAUGAUGAAGUGAUAAAGGAGAUGAUUCAGGAAGCGGAGAAGGUUUGGUUGCCUGAGGUUGUGAGGGUCAUGAAGGAGACGAAGGAUCCUUUCAUAAAUGCUAUAUAUGAUUGUGAUCCCCUAAAACAGAUCGUUUGGGACAAUGUAGUUUUGAUUGGAGAUGCUGCUCAUCCUGUUACUCCUCAUGGUGCGAGAAGCACCAACAUGUCAGUGAUAGAUGCAGUUGUUCUGGGGAACUGCUUUAAGAAAUGGGGAGCAAAAAACUUACACUCGGCUCUAGAAGAGUAUCAGUCCACCCGGCUGCCUGUCAUCACUAAGCAAGUCCUGCAUUCGCGUAGGAUGGGUCGAAUCAAACAGGGCUUAACUCUUCCGGACCGGAAUCCUUUUGAUCCCAAGACAGCAAGUCCUGAAGAGUGCAAAGAUCUUCAACAUAAGAGCAUGCCAUUCUUCCAUAGUGUUCCUAUCAUUAAUCGAUCCAGUCCCUAGUGCUCUGCUUGGUCUCUGAAGAGAUGCUCAUGGUUGCUCAUCCCGUGUGCCUGUCAAUGCUCUUUCAUUUUCAGUUUCUUUUACAAUAAAUAAUGGUGUGCUUAUUGCUGCGACAAUAUUAUUUAUGCCACCAAAAUUUCAAUAAUGUUUAAACAUAUCA